UUUAUUUAAAAAAUGAGAGAAAAAAGUUAAAUAAAAUGAUAUUUAUUUCCAAACAAGCGCUUAAUUCACCUGUAGUGGGAUAAGUAGAGUGCUCCCUGUCUCUCUUACCGGUGUUUUGAAAAUGAGCCUUCAGGCGUACGCAUCUAAGCCGAGUCCAACCCAACUCUCUCAACCUCCCAAAGGACCCAAACCAGCGCCACUACCAGACCCAACGCAGCCUUCAUUCUCUAACACUAAUCACCGUGUCUCUCUCAAACAGAGCAACAAACCCAUAGACCCUACCGUCUCGUGGACCUCUUCCAUAGCCCGGCGCUGCCGGAAUGGCCAACUAGCCGAGGCAGCGGCAGAGUUUUCACGCAUGAGACUAGCUGGGUUCGAACCCAACCACAUUACAUUUCUAACGCUUCUUUCUGGUUGUGUUGAUUUCCCUGCGGGAAGUGUGAGCUUCGGUGCUUCAAUUCAUGGCUAUGUUCGGAAACUCGGAUUGGAUACGAACCAUGUGAUGGUUGGUACUGCGCUUGUUAAUAUGUACGCAAAAUGUGGGCGCGUGGAUCUUGCUAGAAUUGCUUUUGAUGAGAUGGUCGUGAAGAACUCCAUUUCCUGGAAUACAAUGGUCAAUGGGUAUAUGAGGAAUGGGCAAAUUGAGGACGCGAUCCAGUUGUUUGAUCAAAUGCCUAAAAGGGAUGCGGUUUCUUGGACCGCUUUGAUCGGUGGGUUUGUCAAGGAAGAGCGUUUUGAGGAAGCAUUGGUAUGGUUUCGAGAAAUGUUGCUCUCUGGUGUAGAACCGGAUUACGUCACCAUUAUUGCAGUUCUUUCAGCGUGCGCAAAUUUAGGAACGCUAACUUUGGGGUUUUGGAUGAACCGAUUUGUUAUGAAGCAGGAAUUUAGGUAUAAUAUUAGGAUAAAUAACUCAUUCAUAGACAUGUAUUCAAGAUGUGGUUGUAUAGAAUUUGCUCGUCAAGUCUUUGAGAAAAUGCAGUGGCGAACCGUGGUAUCGUGGAAUUCAAUCAUUGUAGGUUUUGCUGUUAAUGGCCAUGCAGAAGAAGCUCUGGAGUAUUUCAGUUUGAUGCAGAAAGAAGGGUUUAAGCCAGAUGGAGUCACCUUCACGGGAGCUCUUACUGCAUGUAGCCAUGCCGGAUUAGUUGGUGAGGGACUCCAAUUCUUUGCAGACAUGAAGAUAGUGCAUGGAAUUACCCCCCGGAUUGAGCACUACGGUUGCAUAGUGGAUCUUUAUAGCCGUGCAGGGAGGUUGGAAGAUGCAUUGAAUGUGAUAGAAAACAUGCCCAUGAAGCCAAAUGAAGUUGUGUUGGGGUCAUUGUUGGCUGCCUGUAGUACUCAGGGGAAUGUCGAUUUGGCUGAAAGGUUAUCUGAUUAUCUUUUGGAGUUUGACCCUGGUGGUGAUUCCAAUUAUGUGCUGCUUGCAAACAUAUAUGCAGCAGUUGGUAAGUGGAGUGGUGCAGGCAUAAUUAGGAGGAAAAUGAAGGCGCGUGGGAUACAAAAGAAACCGGGAUUUAGUUCAGUCGAGAUUGGUUGUAGCAUUCACGAGUUUGUGGCUGGUGACAAAUCCCACGCUGAAACCGAUUGUCUUUACUCAAUGUUAGAGCUUCUGUCUCUUGAGCUGAAACUAUGUGGUUAUGUUCCUGAAACCAUUGAAAAGGAAUCUUGUGAAGAUGAUUGAAGUAUCAAAAAGAAAACUUUUGUUGGGGGAAUUGAGAAUGCAACAUGUCUUGGAACUACUGAUAAAGCUAAAGAAAGCGAUUUUGAACAUAACAUUUCUGCUUCAUGGGGACAUUUUGAUACCUUGUGUAACUUAAAAAUCAAUACUAAGAGAUUUAUUCAUGAAAUUAGUCAUUAUACGAGCA